UUGUCGAUCAAGUAUCUAUUCAUUUUCCUUCAGUUAAACACGGAGAUUUUUCUUCUUCACAGAAAAAACAAAAAUCUGCAAAACGAGUUUUAAGAGGAGAAGCAUCAUCACUACUUUUUGGCAUUCCAUUCUCCCUAUCAGACAAGGACCUAUACCGUAGAACUGAAAGAGGUGCAACUGCUGUCUCGCUUUCCCAAUGAAUCGCAAUCACAGAAUCAAUGAGGGUCUGCCUUUUGGACUCGAACUGACUCCCGACCUAUCCAUGGACUUGGUGGAGUUGAACUCGAACGGUAAUCAUGCGGAAGGCAAGCUUGUCGGAACCGAUUGUAACACCGCCAUCAGGAAGUCUGCUAGAACUCUGACUCCCACCGUAAGCGAUGAGGCCCUUAAUACUUUAAAUGAGCUGCGCGAGGCGAAUCUUUUGUGCGAUGCCCAGAUUUCGGUGGGAGAGCAGGCUUUCAAUGUACACAGGGCAAUAAUGUGUUCAUGCAGCUCGUACUUUCGCGCUCAGUUUACUGGAUUCAAUGCUGACAGCCGCGAGCGCGUAACUAGAACAGUUGCCGCCGAGGAGAGUCCGGUCAUCCACAUCCCCGGCAUAAGCGCAACAAUAAUGAACUGUGUAAUUCAGUACGCCUACCUGCGCCAAACCCACAUCAGCGAAAACAACGUGCACGAGCUUCUCACAUGUGCGGACUAUGUUGGCAUGGUAGGUUUGGUAAAUCAGUGCAAGGAUUUCCUCAGUAGCACCCUUACCCCGGAAAACUGUGUUAGUAUCAUGGGAUUCGCACGGUUCCGGUUUUUGGAGGACCUGCACUUGAAGGCCCGCACCUACACGCUAAGAUAUUUUACGGAAGUGGCAAGCCGCAAUACUGAUAUCCUGGAUAUGAACGUUAAGGACUUCUACAGCAUAAUUAACGAUGAUGAACUUAACACACGGGAAGAGGACCUUGUAUGGAAAUUGUGCGUUAAGUGGAUCGACCGGAAUCCGGAAAGCCGCAAGCAACAUGUCGCGCAUCUGAUGACCGGGGUUCGAUUGGGCCUGAUGACUCCAAAGCUCUGUUCUUUCAAGCACCUACCUUUUCAAAAAUAUAUCCUUUUUAGAUGUUUUCGAAAUCAACAAGAAGGAACUUUAUAAUCAAAUGCCUAUAAUAUACCAG